GCUUAAUUAUUAAAUAGUAUUAGUAAUAGUAACAUGAUCUUAUGAAAAUAGUAUACGUAAUUGCGUAUUAUAAGUACUGAAUAGUGGUGUUGCUUGAUUUUUUGCUUCUAUGAAUCAAGUUUCAAGUAAAUCGAUAAAUAAGUCAACGACAUGUAUCUGUCAUGUGUUAUCUUUAGUCUGUUCUUAGGAAUAUCAUCAUUUACAUAUGGGAUCGAACUUGAUAUUGAUGGUUGGCUUCAGUUGAGAUUAUGGCAUGCGCUCAAUGAUGAACCAGGACCGAAUUUUGUAGAAAGGGGAAAUGUAACGAUUACUAGUGUACGUAGUGGAGCUUCAGUUGUUGGACAAAAUGGACUUUUACAAGCACAAAUUAAUCAAUUAAAAGAUCUAGCUAAGAACGAUGGAAAGUAUAGAUUAAAAGCAAUAGCUCGUACUUCUUCUGGAAGUGAAACAACUUUCUUAACUUCUAUACCGGCGAUUUAUAAAUUGCAGUGUUAUUUACUUGGAUCAGAUCUUGAAGAUAUUUUAACAGUAUGGAUAGAUAGUACCGCGGAGCCAAUAGCAGUAAGUCUAUCAUCUUCUGGUCCAUGUGUUAUGGAUAGUCCUUUUACAAAUAUGUGGACUACAAAUAUAAUAGUCAAGUAUCCUGAUAGCGGUCCUGCACCAGAUACAGCGACUUAUAUUCAAAAACUUGAACGAGAACGUGAAGCUCGAGAAAGAGGAGAGACCAAAGAUAACAGAUCAUUCCUCGCGAAAUAUUGGAUGUAUAUCGUUCCUGCAUUGAUCUUCGUUCUUUUAACAUCAGCAACCAAUCCCGAAGCUGCUGCUGCCGGUGGUAGUGGCAGCGGUCAAAGACAGUGAUUCCCUUUUUUAAGACUAUUUUACUGUACCUGCGAGUAUAUUGUGACCUAAAUUGUGAUCUUGCUGAUGUGUGAGACGUUUCUGUAUGUUUUCAUGUAAUUAUUAUUGUAUUAUAUUCUUGCUUUAAUAAAUGUGUACAGUAUAAAUA